CGUUCACGACGCCAUGAAAAAUCUUCAUUUCAAAGACUGUUUUUGGAGCUCAGACCUGGUCUGCACCGGCGGUUAUGACACCAUAAUACACUAUCUUAAUGAUGGGAGACGCACUUGCAAGGAGGUGGAGGACUUCAUUAAAGCCAGGGCGUCCAUUGAAGAGCGCUACGCCAAAGAUCUUCUUGGCCUGUCCAAGAAAGUGUGUGGACACAAUGAGAUGAACACGCUGAAGAGAUCCCUGGACAUGUUUAAAUUACAGAUGGAACAAGCGAGUCUGUCACAUAUCCACUUGGCUCAGAGCAUGCGGGAGGAGGCGAGGAAGCUGGAGGAAUUUAGAGAAAAACAAAAGGAAGCGAGAAAAAAGAUUGAGCAGCAGAUGGACGCUCUGCACAAACUCAGGUCAUCGCACUUCAAGAAGACAUUGGAUUCCAAAAAGACCUACGAGCAGAAGUGCCGGGACAAAGAAGAGGCGGAUCAGAGUGUGAACAGAUACAAAAACACUAACAACACAAAGCACAUGGAGAAGCUCUCUGCUAAAGCACAACUGGCCAAACAGAACGCAGAUGAAGCAGACCGGAUAUACCAGCAGAACGUGGUGUCUCUAGCCACCCUCAGGAGUGAGUGGAUGAAGGAGCAUGUCAGCGCCUGUGUGGUGUUUGAAAAACAGGCGGUUGAGCGAAUCCAUUUCCUGAGGAACACAGUGUGGACUCAUGUCAACCUGCUCUCACAGCAGUGUGUGACCAGUGAUGAGCUGAAUGAGGAGGUGAGAAAGUCUCUGUCGCAGUGUGACAUCCAGGAAGACAUUGAACACUUUGUUACUCUCAGACAAACCGGCGACAAACCUCCAGCUGCAGUUACGUAUGAGAACUUCUACAUGGAUCAGAGGUCACUUGUUGCCACCCAAUGUCCUCAGCUUGCAUCUCCAGCUGUCAGGAGAGGACCCCUCCCAGUGCCCAGCAGCAACACCAAAGAAGAUGUGAUCUACUCCACAGUGCAGGAACCAGGCUACAGUAUGAUCCAGUUCUAACGCUCAGCUUCUGUUUACUGAGGUCCUGACCCCCAGCCAGGCUCAGUUCAAGCUCAUCCGAGUCCAAACACUCUUCAUGGUAGAUUACAGCUGCAAUGUAUGGCUGCCUUGUAGUUGAACAUGAUAAAGGUGAGACUCUUGUGCCGAAAUGAAAGGAAGCCAUUCAUUCUGUUAUUUAAAGAAUCUCAUGCUGGAGUUUCCUUGGCAUUCACAAACCUUAUAGAAGUUUUAACCACAUAGCUGCCAGGAUCAUGUCAACGUUUUAAGUUUUGCUCUGUACAACUUGUAUGUUACGUUUUAUUGUCACCCACUUUAAAAUAGUCCAUCCUCAUUGAGUCACUAAGGACAACAUGUGCAUCAUGCUGCCAAAACGUCCACUUGUUUCAAUAAUAAUACCACGUCCGAACCAAUCUGAUAACUUGCCAAGAUUAAAUCUACUAAAUGUGCAAUGCAAAUAUGACUUGGCAUCAUAUUUUUCCAUAAACAGUUGUGUGCAUUUUGUCCUGAGUGCAGAGCGCGGUCAAUUCACUCGACCAACACUGG